CAUUGUUCCAGAAAGAUCCAGUGUUGUAUAUAAGUAGACAAGCAGGACAAGCAUCAGGUUGUAUUUAGGCAGCACUGUGCUGUUUGGAGACAAAAUGGACAUCGCCAUCCAGCAUCCGUGGUUCCGCCGCUCCUUCUGGCCAUCCUUCUUUCCCAGCCGGAUCUUUGAUCAACAUUUUGGGGAACACAUCUCAGAGAGUGAUGUGCUGGCUCCCUAUCCUUCCCUAUACUUCCCACGCCCUUCCUUCUUUCGCUGGCCCAGCUUCAUGGAUAGUGGGCUCUCUGAGAUGAAGAUGGAAAAGGACCGUUUUACCAUCAGUUUGGAUGUAAAGCACUUCUCACCUGAGGAACUGGUUGUAAAGGUCUGCGGAGAUUACAUUGAAGUUCAUGCCAAACAUGAGGAUCGCCAGGAUGACCAUGGGUUUAUCUCACGAGAAUUCUCCCGAAAAUACAGUGUCCCAGCUGGAGUGGACCCAGCCAACAUCACAUCAUCUCUCUCUUCUGAUGGUGUCCUGACCAUCACGGCACCUCGCAAGCCCUCUGAUGCCCAGGAGCGCUCUAUUACCAUUACCCGCGAAGAUAAGUCUGCCGUGUCUGGCCAAAAGAAGAAGUAAAGCUGCAACAUGUUAUUAAGUCUGUCAUCACUGUUUCCCCUGCUGAUCCUCUGUGCUUCCCUGCAAUUAUACUCCACUAUUGGAUCUGAUCAGGUGCUGGAUGGAGCGUUAAAUAUGUAUUGGUCCAAUUGGCUGGUACAUCUAAACUAUUUACACCACUGGUAUAAAUUUUUGGUUUUGUUUGCACCAUGUGGCUGCUAGUCAUAGAAGACAUUCACCAAACAAAAGGCCUUUUUUCUUUACCGAAGCCAGUAAAAACCAAACAAUGGCUGCACAGAGUUUGUGAGGGUUUACAUGUAGGAUGCCUGAGCUCUUAAGCAUUUGUUUUGAUGAAAACAAUAAAACAUAGCAUGACAGAAUUUCUAGUUUAUUCAGUGAUUUGUUUCCUGUUCACAAUGAACUUGGGACCAGAAAAUACAAAGAGAUCAUGUGCAGGUAUUGAGGAAAGAGGAAAUGCUGUUGUGAAAAAAAAAGACCUCUUUCUUUUCAUUAAUGUCUGAAUGUCAUUAAUGUCAGACAGGUUCGUUUACUGCUCCUGUAUGACAUGUGGUGACUGGAAACCAGAUAGGGUUGAUAAGAUUCUAAAGGAAGGUAUAUAUUCACUUCAGUGAAAGUGGGGAUUUGAGUGGCUGGGUAGGUAUAAAUGUUUGGGAUGGGGCAUUAACAUCGUGUAUGAGUAUAACAUAAUGACAUCAAGUGUUACCACAGCAAUGCCUCACUGACAAAGCUGCUAAACUGUAACUGAUUCAUUCAUUUUGUGACAAUGCAUGCUACAAAUAAGAAAAAAAAAGGUUUUCAAAGAGUUCAACCCUCACAUGAUCUCUGUGUUCGCCAUUGCAUACUAAAUACCAAAGAGGAACAAAUGCAGGGAAGCACAAAAGUCAGUGUUUGAGUCACUGUGGCCUUUUUACACUGUUCUGGUCCCAGCAUUACCUUUGAAACGAAACAUAAGAGCAAAUUACUAAACUGAAUUCAGAUCCGUGAAAAAGGCCUACAGUACAUCCUACUGCUUUGUUAGUUCCCUGCUUCAACAUUCCUGACUAUUCACACCACACUACCAAAGAAAAUAUAGCUAGAACCAACUGUGUGUAUACUCAUGGCUACAAAUUAUCAAUAAAUCCUGUGGUCAUUUAAAGAUGAAACAUGUCCGAGUCUUUUUCUAUCUACAUACUUUUCAACUGCGAUAAUAUGUAAAAGUAGAACAAUGUACAGUAUGUGCCAGUACUAAAAAGUGAUACAAUACAAUUCUUAAUACAGUCCUUUAGAAGAAAUAGGGUUGUUUCAUUACUACCUAACAAUGCACAAUGAUACAAGCAGUGAUGACAAGAAUUGUAUAGCAACCAAGAAUGAUGACAACAUUAACCACUGUUCCAAUUUAAUCAUCAAAUUUAUACCCUAAAUCCAUGGCAUACUACUAUUAUUCCAAUAUUUCUGACCAAACAAAGAAUGUAUUAUAAUAAUGCCAAUAUUCCCAUUAACUAAUAACAUAUGGGUUAAUUAUCCAUACAAUUAUGUCACACUGGAUUGUAUUAAGAUGAUCAUAAUGGACAUUAGCUAAAAUUUAAAGUACAGUCAUGUUAGAAUGAUAUCUCCUUGAUUUUACCUCCCAUUCUCUCUCAUGUCUACUGCCAGAAUCUUCCCGAAUCUAUUUGGCUAGUGUAGAUCCACUGCAUGGAUAAUGGUGUUAAUAUUCUGCUAACCCCUGCUGUGGAUUUGACCAAGAUCUCUGUUCCGCUGUCCUGUUUUGUAGGUAAUGAGCUCUCAGGAGUUUUUCAGCUGACCG